AUGAGAGCUGUCCAGUGCUGCCUGUUGCUUGGCCUCUCCCUUGUCCUGCUUGCCGCUCACAGUGGGGCACUGCAAUGUUACACCUGCAUGGGGUCAACAGAUGAAGACUGCAAUCGCCAGGGAUCCAAAACAUGUCCAAGUUACUCAGAUGCAUGUGCUGUGGUCAAAGGACAUGGCAGUGGUGUGAUGAAGUCCUGCUCGUACAAAUCAUUUUGUAGCCAAGCCAACAGCCAAGGCUACAGAGCUCCAGGGGUGAAGGUAUACUGCUGCUACUCAGACGACUGCAAUGUGACGGGGCACGCCACCAGGCUCAGCGGAGGGGUCAACUACCUGCUAGCCCUUCUGCCACUGUUCUGGCAUCUACUGUCAAGCUAA